ACUGGAGAGUAUAUCCUAGUCUCUCUGAGGUUAAUUAUGAAUUAAUUUCUACCUUUUGGCCUUCUCUACCAUCUGGCAUCCAAGCAGCUUAUGAAAACAUGAAUGAUCAAGUUCUCUUUUUCAAAGAUAAUCGCUUCUGGGUCCUACGUGGCUUACAGAUGGAGCCUGGUUACCCCAAAACCAUUGACCAUUUGGAUUUCCCGCAAAACAUUAACAAAAUUGAUGCCGCUGCUUUUGAUAAGAAUACUGGGAAAACCUAUUUCUUCGUUAGUAACCAGUACUGGAGGUAUGAUGAAAACAGUCGAUCCAUGGACAGGGGGUAUCCAAGAAAGACAAGAGAAGAUUUUCCUGGGAUUGGCCCCAAGGUUGACGCUGCUUUUCAGCAUAAUG